CGACGCGCUCGCACCUUGACCAGAACUUCCUAUGUCGUUCUGCUCGCCUUAAGCUCCAUCUUGGCGCGACUUAACGCGUAUAGACGCGUGCCCAAUUACGUUUCCUAGCGGUUGCGAACGCCACGGCGUCGCGCACAUCGCGAGACUCGUGCACCCCGGAAACGACAUAUGAUCAUCAAGUUCCGCCCGGGAGUGUGUGCGGUUAAGGGCGCCCGGGGUCGACUGUGCUUGUCCUCAGCUGCCAUGUCGUCGCUGGUCGCUGGGCUCAAGCGGCCCCUCGUACUGGGCAUCCGCAGGGAGGACCCCGCGCGUAUCUGGGAACGGCGCUCUCCCCUUGUUCCCGCGCACGUUCGACAGCUCCUCGAGAAGCACAAGGACCUCAAAGUGCAGGUACAGCGAUGCACGCGUCGCUUCUUCACGGAGGAGCAGUAUACUGAGGCUGGCGCGCAAGUCGUGGACGAUCUCUCGCAAGCGCAUAUCAUCCUCGGAGUGAAGGAGCCGCCUCUCGAGGAAGUGUUCACCGAUGGCGUUGCCUCGCCUAAGGACGAUUCGACUGCGUCUCGUGUUUCGCUCAUGUUCUCGCAUACGACCAAGGGCCAAGCAUAUAACAUGCCACUUCUGCGAAAGUUCUUGCGUGGACAGAACGAAGACAAGCACGUCAAGCCGGCCACGUUGAUCGACUAUGAACUACUCGUCAAUGAGGAAGGCAAGCGCACGGUUGGGUUCGGUCAUUUCGCUGGUGUUGCUGGCGCCUUUGAGGCUUUUCAUUCGUUAGGACUUUCGCUCCUGGAGAAGGGCUACGCGACACCAUUCCUUUAUUCUCCUCGUCCUCAGUCUCAGCCUACGCUGGAAACCCUCAAGACGGCCUUCCAUCAUACGUCUACCAUGAUAGCUGAGAAUGGUAUACCCCAGCAACUGGGUCCCAUCAUCGUCGGUCUCACUGGGUCUGGUCUGGUCUCCAAGGGCGCAUUAUCGGUUCUCAAGGAUCUUCCUCACGACAUGGUCACCGUCGAACAACUGCCGCUAUUACUCCAGGGUUUUGACGCUGUGAAUCACAAGAAGGUGUACAUAUAUCACGCUCAUCCACAGGACUACCUCACCCGCCAGGACGGAGGUCCAUACGAUCGUUCAUCUUAUUAUGAGUCGCCUAGGCUAUAUUCGUCUAAAUUCGCGGAGAAGGUUGCACCCUAUCUUACCAUGCUCAUAAAUGGCGUUGGCUGGCAGCCUGGCUUCCCUCGCCUCAUGACGAAGGAGGAUCUGGACAAGGCGCUGUCCCUCGCUCGGGUGUACCCUGGCUUCCGGCUCCAGAACAUCGCGGACAUCAGUUGUGACAUCGGGGGCGGCCUUGAGUUCAUGACCCAAUCCACCACGCUUUCGCACCCGACUUACAUCGAGCAUCCUGCGGACCCGACCUUGCCACCCGUCACCAUCAUGUCCGUCGAUAUCCUCCCGGCCUCCUUACCCUUCGACGCCUCGAUGCACUUCAGCACGGUCCUUUACCCGUACUUGGAGGACAUUAUAGUGCGGUAUGCGAAUGGCGAAGCACGAUUUUCGGACGCGAUUGAACGAGCGGUGGUGGCGAAGGAUGGCAGACUCACGGAGCCUCAUGCGUGGCUUGAAGAGGCGGCGUUCGCGAGCACUGAAUUCUCCACGGCUCAGUCGCCCUCGACGACGACUCAGGAUCAUGGCGUGCUUCGUAGGAAGCGCGUCCUGAUGCUUGGGAGCGGAAUGGUGGCUGGACCGGCAGUUGAGACAAUAGCUUCGCGGUCUGAUGUGCAGCUUGUCGUUGCGAGCAACUCAGCUCAGGAAGCCCAGAAACUUGCAGCCGAGAACCCCAGCGUCGAGUACCGCAUCAUCGACAUGGCGGACGAGAGCGCAGUGGCACCAUUGGUGGCGGAAGCGGAUGUGGUUAUAAGUCUCCUCCCCGCUACCCUUCAUCCCGUCGUCGCCGAGGCGUGCAUCGCGAACAAGAAACACCUCGUCACCGCUUCCUAUAUCUCUGACAGCAUGCGUGCCCUCGAUCAGCGUGCUCAGGACGUCGGUGUACUCUUGCUCAAUGAGAUCGGACUCGACCCCGGCAUCGACCACUGCUCCGCUAUGCGCCUGCUCGACGAGAUCAAGAGCAAGAGCGAGCAGACGACGUCCUUCAUUUCCUUCUGCGGUGGCCUGCCUGCGCCGGAAGCCUCGAACAACCCGUUCAAGUACAAGUUCAGCUGGAGCCCGAGGGCGGCGCUUACGGCGAUCUCGCAGAAUCCGGCCUUAUUCAGGCUGGAUGGAGAGACGCAUUCGUUGCAGGCGGGGCAGGAGGUCUUGGAUAACCACUUCCCGGCAUUCCCGGUGAAGAACGGGGAGGAGACCUUGGAGUUUGAGGGUCUGCCGAACCGCGAUAGUCUGCAGUACAUCUCUCAGUACGGCCUGCCGGAGCAGAUCGGGACCAUGUUGCGCGGUACACUGAGAUAUCCCGGCUUCUUCGACCUCAUGAAGACGUGCUACAAGCUCGGCUUGCUCAACACCACCGAGACCAUCCGAUUGGAGAAGUGGGCUGACCUCGUCCCGGCGGCGUACACAUCGAUUCAUGGUGGCGCACCGGAGGCCGUGGACUCAGCCCUCGCCAAGGCGGUCACCACUCAGCAAGCCGCUCAGUUCCUCAACGCGAUGAAGUGGUUGGGAAUCGUGCCCGGCGCGCCUGCAGGGACCAAUGUGCCUCUGCCCCCUCUGCCUGCCGAAGCACUUUCGCCCCUCGACGCUUUCGCGCACCUCCUGAUCGCCAAGCUCCGUUUUCUCCCCGGCGAGCGGGACCUGGUCGCGCUGACGCACGAGAUUCGGACGGUCGACGCCAGCUCGGCAGCGCGCACAUAUCGCUCGACGCUUAUUGCCUACGGUAACGACCGCCACUCAGCCAUGGCCCGCACGGUGGGGAUCCCGGUCGCGCUCGCGGCACUUGGCGUGCUUGAUGGCAGGAUCGGCGUGCGCGGCGUACAGGGAGCAACGGACGGCAGUGUGUAUAGGCCGGUGUUGGAGGGAUUGGAGGAAAGAGGCAUUGGGAUGAAGGAGACUGUCGAGCGCGUGCCGGAGGGCGGCGACCGAUAUGCAAUUCUGGACGUGUUUACAGAGAGGCAGGGGCACAAGGAGAAGAAGGGGAGGCGGAUUUAAGUCUUAUCAGAACUGCGUUCAAAGGACUGCGGCAUCCAGAUUGUACACUCACGGAAGCAUGGCUUCUUUGUAUACUAGGCAUACUCUACGAGUGCUUAUAUUUAUCCGAGUUGGAUUCAGGAUCUAUGCUGC